AUGAGGAAAUGCUCAUUUUCUACUGUUAUUUACAUUCUUUUCUCUGUUUUUCAUAUAAUAGACUUUGGCUACCUCUCUAUAACAGCAUCCAACUAUACAUCCACUUCCCUCAUAGCCUUUAUGCUAACUGGAGUUCCAGGAUUAGAAGACUUCCAGAUCUGGAUCUCCAUCCCUUUCAGCUUCAUGUACCUUUUGGCUGUGACAGGCAAUGGCCUGGUUAUGGCAGUGGUGGCCUGGGACAGAAGCCUCCAUGAACCCAUGUAUUUCUUCCUGGCCAUGCUGGCACUCAAUGAUGUCCUUCUUUGUACUGUCACAGUACCCAAAAUGCUUCUUAUCUUCUGGCAGGGACCUUCCCCAUCAACGUUUCCUGCAUGUCUCACACAGAUGUUUUUUGUUCAUGCUCUGUUCCUCUCUGAAUCUGCUGUUCUACUGGCCAUGGCUUUUGAUCGCUAUGUGGCUAUCUGUGCACCACUCCAUUAUGCAACCCUAUUUACAGGCUCUCUCAUUAGCAAGGUGGCCCUGGCUCUGAUGUUUCGUAGUGUGGCUGUAGUUACCCCUGGUGUUCUCCUCAUUCUUCGUCUGCACUUCUGUGGGAGCAACAUUAUCCGCCAUACCUACUGCGAGAACAUGGGCAUUGCCAAGUUGGCCUGUAAUAGCAUUACCCUUAAUAGCAUUUAUGGGCUCACUGCAGCUCUCCUCACUACAGGGCUGGACUUUGUUCUCAUAUCCCUGUCCUACUGGGUAAUCCUGAAGACAGUCUUUAACCUUCCUUCCAGGGAGGCCCGGACAAAGGCCUUUGGAACCUGUGGAGCUCAUAUAUGUGUCAUCUUGAUAUUCUACACGCUGGCCUUCUUUUCCUUCUUUAUUCAUCGCUUUGGAAAGCAUGUGCCGAGGCACACCCUUAUUCUCCUAGCAAAUCUCUACUUACUGGUGCCACCUACCAUGAACCCCAUUGUUUAUGGGGUAAAAACAAAACAGAUAAGGAUGAGACUACUAGGGCUCUGUAAUCAUUCAAAAUGA